CUUCUCGCUCGCUGCUGACUACCCUUACUCCCUUUGUUCCGUUUGUAGUUUCUUCUACUUCUUCUUGUUUGUCAUGGACCCAGAUGCCUUCUCAGCAACGCUGUUCAAGUGGGACGCUCGAGCUGCACCACCGAGCCGGCUCCUUAUCCACGAUGCGUCGGUCUCUGCCACUGCCCACGUGAGCGCAGGCGGUGUUCCACCACUAGGACCAGCGGCGGCGGCAGCUGCUAUUCCUCCGCCAUACUGUAGGACGAAGGAUCUGGGGGGACUGGAGGACCUGUUCCAGAACUACGGCGUACGCUACUUCACUCUGGCCAAGAUGGCCGAGAUGGGGUUCACCGCCAGCACCCUCCUCAACAUGAAAGAUGAGGAGCUCGACGAGAUGAUGGCCACCCUCGUCGACGUCUUCCACUGGGACCUCCUAGUCGGCGAAAGGUUCGGCAUCAAGGCCGCCGUCAGGGCUGAGCGCCGCUGGCUGCUCGAUGACGACGUCUCCCGCCGCCGCCAUCACCUCGCCUCCGCCGACUCCACCAACCCUCUCGACGCCCUUUCCCAGGAAGGGUUGUCAGAGGAGCCGGUUCAGGGGGUGAAGGUGGUAGGCGUGGCUGAUAACGGCGGCGGAGGGGGAGGUUGGGAGGUGGUUGUGGAGGGAAAGAAAGGGCAGAGGCGGAGGAGAGGCACGAGGGGCGGUAUCAACGGCGAGGGAGGUGGCGACGACGGCGGAGACCGGCAGAGAGAGCACCCCUUCAUUGUGACGGAGCCCGGGGAAGUGGCCAGAGGAAAGAAGAACGGGCUGGACUACCUCUUCCACCUCUACGAGGAGUGCAGAGGUUUCCUCAUCCAGGUCCAGAACAUCGCAAAGGAGCGAGGGGAAAAGUGCCCCACCAAGGUAACGAACCAGGUGUUCAGGUACGCCAAGAGCAUGGGAGCAAGCUACAUUAACAAGCCCAAGAUGAGGCACUAUGUCCACUGCUAUGCGCUGCACUGCCUGGAUGAAGCCGCGUCAGAUCGGCUACGGCGGGCAUUCAAAGAGAGGGGGGAGAAUGUGGGAGCCUGGAGGCAGGCCUGCUACCAGCCCCUUGUGGCCAUGGCUGCACAUCAUUCGUGGGAUAUUGACGCCAUAUUCAACGCCAACGAGAAGCUCUGCAUCUGGUAUGUGCCCACCAAACUGCGCCAACUCUGCCACCAGCAGCGCACCGCCGCUGCAGCUUCAAUGGGCACGGCGCACCUGCGCCAAAUGUAG